GAGAGAUGGUGGAAUGGACGAUGAAUUUCAAAAAAGAACAAAGAUCAGAGAGCAAGAAGAGAUAGUAGAGAGAAAGCAAGUAACUGAGUAACUGGACAGGUCUAAGACUAAAGGCAAGAGAGAGACAGAGAGAGGCAGAGAGAGCGAGAGAGUGUGUAUGUGUGUGUGCACAUGCAUUGAGUGCAUGGAAGAGAGAAGUGCCUGGAGUUAGCAAUAAUAAUUUAUACAAACACACCUUAAUAAUUCACAUUCCAUUUCAAUGCUGGAGGGAAGAUCCAAAAUUCACAGAGCAUAAUUAAAUAGAGUAGUAGAAGAGACGAGGGAAGAGAGAGGGAGAGAGGACUGAGGCAGUGAGGGAGAGACCAGCAUUAAAGGUGCCGUGUACUGAUGUUUUUUCUUCCAUCCCAGCAUUGUAAAACAACCUUUAUAAUACUGUGACAUCCAGAGUAAGAAUGAAUUUCCCCAGUCAUACAGUUUCUUUUGCUCUGAGAAUUCUUCGGAUCCCAGCACAACAGUAUGCCUUUAAUAUUUUUUAAAUAUUCCACCUUGAAAUUACAUGUGUUAAAUAACCAUCUGGAAUAAUAUCUGAUAUUCCUUUCAAUUAAAUGUGAGUUAUAAUAAGGACUGUAAUUAAUUUACUCAUCUUGAAUAACAGUUUAAUUACUUUUUUAUGGCCUGUAUAUAUACAGUACACUAAAAAGCACUUGUACAAAUAUUCAUGGCUGAUUGGUUGAACAGCAUCACAGGUUGGUCCCACUUCAUAGCUACGGAUAUAUGAGAGGAUCGUUGGACUAUUUGUAAUGUAAUACUUAGUGAUCUGACACUUGUCUAUUGGGGGUUAGCCUUCAGCAUGAAUAUUUAAAGAUAUCUAGCAAGUGAAUAUGUUCUGAGUGUUUCAAAGGCCAUAGGAAUGAUAUUUCAUGAUUCAGAUAUUGAGCCUCGAGUAUGGCAGCUGUAAAAUUUAUGUUGUGUAAAAUCAUAUGUUACUGCUAAAAUUAAAGAUGCUACAGUAUAUAACAGUUUUGGAUUAAAAGACUUGUGUGUGUGUGUGUGUGUAUGUGUGUGUGUGUGUGUGUGUGUGUGUGUGUGUGUGUAUGUGUGUGUGUGUAUACAGGUGCAGUGGAAGCAUGGACUGCAACUGUGUUAGUGACCUGCUCCUCACUCCACCUGUCCCAGCCCUCUGGACACCAGGUGAGUCUCAUCCAUGUCCUCUACCUUUCCUUCCCUUGCUAUCCUCAGGCUUUGCCUUUCCAGACUGGGCCUAUAAGCCAGAGUCUAGCCCUGGCUCCAGGCAGAUCCAGCUGUGGCAUUUCAUCCUGGAGCUGCUGCAGAAAGAGGAAUACCAGGGGGUGAUUGCCUGGCAGGGAGACUAUGGCGAAUUUGUGAUCAAAGACCCGGAUGAAGUGGCGAGACUCUGGGGGAUUCGCAAGUGCAAGCCUCACAUGAACUACGACAAGCUUAGCCGUGCACUAAGAUACUACUACAACAAGCGCAUUUUGCACAAAACUAAAGGAAAGCGGUUCACCUACAAAUUUAACUUCAGUAAGGUGGUUCUAGUGAACUACCCACUGUUAGACAUGGCCAGCUCUCCUUUCCUGCUAGCCCAGAACCACUUCAGCGGAGGGGCAGCUACCACAGACUGCAGCCCCGUGACCCCAGAGGCCUUGCAGUCUUUAUUCCCUCGGUUGCCUGAUUCUGGCCGUGGAACUGCUCUGUUUGACCGUGCCACAGGAGCCCCAGAGGGCGAUAAGCUCCGACUGGACACUUUUCCAUUCCUUGGUUCAGGAGCUUCCUGCUACUCCAAACCCCCAUCCAUGUUGGGUCCUUACCCCCGUAACCCUGCAUUUGACUACUCUUGGGGCUUCAACCCAUAUCUCCCUGGGGCUUUAUCCCUCAACAACUGCCCUAAACUGCCUCCAGGCUCGCUCUACCCCUCACACUUCUAUCCAAAUCCACUUCAGUCUGGCCUGGCUCAGCUCCCUCAUCCAUUUUCCUCACUCCUGCCUCCUGGGGACACAACAGGAACAGAACGGGUUCAAACUGCAGGAGCUAACAGCUCAGUGGGUGGUCAGGCACCACGACUCUGCAUCCCAUCAUACCCAGGUAGUUUACUUCAAGGCCGGACUGAGCUGGGUAUUUUGGGUUCUGGCAUAGGUGAGAGGGAAAGAGGAGAGAACACUAACAUUACAGGGGUAGGUGGAGGUGGGAUUGGGGUGGGAUUAGGUUUAGGCUUGGGAUCACUGGGGUUAGGGAGUGGAGGAGGCGUCCAGAGUCCAUCGGAUAGGCGCGCAGGAAUGAAACAGGACCCAGGGUCGGAUUCUGAGUUGGAAAUCACAGACCUGAGUGACUGUAGCUCGGAGAACGAAAAUGAACCAGACUUCCCUGCCAGUCAAGGGAAGGAAAAUAGGAUAGGAGGCCGACCUCACAUUCCCGAAGCCAAGACCGCAGGUCUGGGUGGAACCUUACCUCAACUCUCUUCUCUUCCUCCUUCUAUAUCCCCCCAUCCCCUCAAAAGCCUGGUACCCCUGAGUCCUCCACCACCAUCUCUUCCCACAUCUCUUUCUCCUUCCCUCAUCCUGGUUGAGCGGCACAGAGAAACAGAGACUCUCAAACUUGCUCAUAGUUAAGAUGCUUUGUUUGGAUGCUGAUUAUAUUGAGCACUCUCUGCCUCUAUCUCUUUGUCAAUAUACAGUAUACAGUAAAGUUAUACUUUAUGUAUUUUAAAUUUAAUUUGGAAUUUUCAUUUGAAUGAUUAUAACUAAUUUUUUGUUGUUGUUGUUGUUAUUUUCUCUUGCACUUUUUUUGUUUGGACAAUUCAUUUUAAAUUAGAAACACCAUUUAAGUUGAACAAAUAAAUUCAUUCAUUUUAAUACAUUCCUUAUUUAUUAUACUCAUCUAUGAUAAUACAUUCAUCUUUUUAAUGUUUUAGUUUAUAAGUAUUUAAAUAUAUUUCACUACUUGAAAAAAAUUAAACCUGUCAUGCACACCCAGAAUCAGAACUGUUCAUGUGCUAAGUUACUAAGAACUAUCAAUUAACUGCAUUUUAUUUAUUUAUUUAUUUAUUUAUUUAUUUAUUGCCCUGGUUUCAAUGUGAACAAAUCACAGAUAUAAAUUACCUUUGAGAGAUCAUGUCAAAAUAUUGUCUCUCAAAUAUCAUUCUCUCUA